AUGGGCAGCAAGCAGACUGUCUUCACUCAUGAGCAGAUGGAAGCAUAUCAGGACUGUACGUUCUUCACAAGGAAGGAGAUCAUGAGGCUCUUCUAUCGCUACCAGGACCUGGCCCCUCAGCUCGUCCCUCUGGACUACACCAGCUGCCCUGAUGUGAAGGUCCCCUAUGAGCUCAUUGGCAGUAUGCCUGAGUUGAAGGACAACCCCUUCCGCCAGAGGAUUGCCCAGGUCUUCUCAGAUGAUGGAGAUGGCCACAUGACUCUCAACAACUUCCUAGAUAUGUUUUCUGUGAUGAGUGAAAUGGCUCCCCGCGACCUCAAGGCCUAUUAUGCUUUUAAAAUUUAUGACUUUAACAAUGAUGACUACAUCUGUGCAUGGGAUCUGGAGCAGACGGUGACCAAGCUGACUCGGGGGGAGCUGAGCGCCGAGGAGGUGAACCUGGUGUGUGAGAAGGUGCUGGACGAGGCUGAUGGGGACCAUGAUGGGCGGCUGUCCCUGGAAGACUUUCAGAACAUCAUCUUGAGAGCCCCCGACUUCCUCAGCACCUUCCACAUUCGAAUCUGAGAGAACCAUGGAGGAGAAAUUGAGCUACAGAAGGGCAGGUUGACCUUUUGCCCCAUUGUGGAGUCUGGUCUUGGGGAAUAAACACAAGUCACUGAGU